AUGUCCGAUCCUAGUGCUCGCCUUCCACUGGAAGUACUCAGCAUCACAAUAGGUUUCGCCGCCAUCGACAUCCACGAGGCCGCCGGAGCGACACAAGUCAACACACAAUGGCGCAUGGAGACCAGUCGGAUCAGAUGGAGGAGAGUCAAUCACCGCGGUUUUCCAACCAUACAGCAUCUUGGGGCUUGUUAUUUAGAUGAACAACAAUUGUACGCCAAUCUCAUCCGGCGAAUGACGUUCACGAUCAGCGUCUCAAACAACCACCCCAAUCUAUCCAAUCUCGGAUUUCCUGGUCUCCAGGCUCUCAAAAUCAAACAAAGCUUUCUUCUCGGCCACGGAGGGACUGUUGAUGUCAGCAGUCUUAUCCAACCACUGCUCAACACCCUCGUAAUCGAGGGAGGUACGACAGAAAGGUUUCUGCCCGCCCUCAGCGACGAUCUCGGAACUCUAGGAAGCAUGCUACAACUCACAACCCUCUCACUACGUGGCUUGACUACCCUUAACUUGAGCAAUGUCACCGAGACCGCUCUUCUGCACACUUCCAGUUGCAUGCCACUCCUAGAGGCCCUUGGACAGACUUUGAUACGAGUCGAAUAA